AUGGAAAGAGCGCUAACUAAUGUAGAAGUGGCGGGGCGUCUUAUCAAAUGGGCCACAGAGUUGGGGGAAUAUGAUAUACAGUAUCAGUCGCGCACCGCUAUUAAGGCACAGGCCUUAGCAGAUUUCUUAACAGAAGGAAGCGGGGUUGGGGUCUUGGUAAUAUCUCCUCAAGGAGAUAUACUCCAACUGGCAGUUCGAUUGAAUUUCCGAGCCACGAAUAACGAAGCAGAGUAUGAGGCUUUGUUGGCUGGACUGCAAGUGAAUGGUAACUUUAUGAUAAAUUGCGACAAAUUACAAGUAUAUCAAGAAGCAUAUGAAAAAAUGAAAGGGGAAUUCGCAGAAGUCACCGUGACCAAGAUUUCCAGGUCAGAAAAUGAAAGGGCAGAUGAACUAGCAAAAAUGGCUAGUUCCUUAACCACAUGGGUGUUCGAUCGGUCAACGGUACAAACUUUUCUGAUAGCUCUGAUAGACCUGCAAAACAAUAGAGAGACAACUAUUGAUCGGCGGGCGCCCAUGAUUAAUUAUCUCAGACAAGAGAUCUUACCAACCGACCCAGAAGAAUCACGAUUGAUAAGGAGGCAGGCCCGCGCUUAUGUCAUGAUCGGGGACCAGCUCUACAAGAGGUCUUUCUCUCGACCCUUACUUAAAUGCUUGAGUAUGGAGGAAGCCGACCAGGCCUUGCAAGAAAUACAUCUGGGAUGCUGUGGCAAUCAUGUUGGUGGUCGGGCAUUAUCUCGCAAGGUACUCCUAGCUGGGUAUUUCUGGCCUACUUUACAAAGGGAUGCACAUAAGUUGGUAAACACAUGCUUGUCCUGCCAGAAACAUCAAAACUUGACACAUCGACCUACAACCCUAUUGAGAACUUCUAUAGUUUCAUGUCCUUUUGAUCAAUGGGGCAUGGAUAUCGUGGGACAAUUUCCUAUGGCGCCUGGUCAGAGGCGUUUCUUAUUGGUGGUCGUGGACUAUUUUUCUAAGUGGGUGGAAGCAGAAGCCCUGGCCCGGAUCACAGAAGAUGCCAUCAUUCAAUUCUUGUGGAAGAACAUUCUUUGCAGAUUUGGCAUUCCUCACAAGCUGGUGUCUGACAAUAGAAGGCAAUUUCAAGGACAAAGAAUCCAGGCCUGGUGCAAGGGAUUUGACAUAACGUAA